AUGAUUGGCUCCAACCUCCUGCCCUCGCGGUUUCGUGGGGAGCAGCCGGCUUCGCAAAACGUCGCGCCCUCAUGGCUGAACAAGAAAGUCACGCCACUCCUCCAAGUUCUCUCGCGGAUCACCUCAACACACCCGAUCCAAACUAUUGUCAUUGUUGCUCUGCUUGCGAGCACAUCCUACAUUGGCCUUCUCGAAGAAAGCCUGUUCGACGCUACCAGGAAUGUGAGGAAGGCUGAAUGGUCUUCGCUCACGGAGGGGAGCCGGCUGCUUCGCGCCGCCAGUGAUACCGCAUGGAAGUGGCAGCCUUACGAUGUCAACGCCUCGAUCCCGCCGUCUGCCGACCAUCUGGCCCUCCUGACCCUCGUUUUCCCGGAGUCGAUGUCGUCGGACCCCGCCAAGGCCGCCCCGGUCGUCAAUGCCGUCCCAACCCCUCAGAAUCUUUCCAUCCGGUCGCUCCCUUCCACCUCGAACUCCUUUAGCACCUACUCGCAAGACAGUGCGCUGGCUUUCUCGGUUCCCUAUGACCAGGCCCCCGAGUUUCUGGCAACGGCCCAGGAAAUUCCCAACGAUAUUCCGUCUCAGGAGACAAGAGAGACUGAGGAUGGCCAUGAGAAGCGGAUGUGGAUCAUGAAGGCCGCGAGGGCUCAAACGAGGAGCAGCCUUGCUCGCUGGGCUCGCAACGCGUGGGUUGAGUUCAUUGACCUGCUCAAGAACGCCGAGACGCUUGACAUCGUUAUUAUGGCCUUGGGCUACAUCUCGAUGCACCUCACCUUCGUUUCGCUCUUCCUCUCGAUGCGCCGUAUGGGUUCCAACUUUUGGCUUGCCAUGAGUGUCCUGUUUUCCUCGACGUUCGCUUUCCUAUUUGGUCUCUUCGUUACGACAAAACUCGGCGUCCCGGUGUCCAUGGUCCUGCUUUCCGAGGGCUUGCCCUUCUUAGUUGUUACUAUCGGGUUUGAGAAGAACAUUGUCCUUACCCGGGCUGUGCUGUCUCAUGCGAUCGAGCACCGUAGGCAAGACAAGUCUUCGAACAAAGGCAAGAAGACGGACGCCUCUGGCAGCCUCAUUCAAUCCGCCAUCUACGUGGCGAUCAAGGAGAAAGGUUUUGGGAUUGUUAAGGAUUACGCCAUCGAGAUCGGAAUUUUGGUUCUCGGUGCGGCCUCCGGCGUUCAGGGUGGUCUCCAGCAAUUCUGCUUCUUGGCUGCCUGGAUCCUGUUCUUCGACUGCAUCCUUCUGUUCUCGUUUUACACCGCCAUCCUCUGCAUCAAGCUGGAGAUCAACCGCAUCAAGCGCCACGUUGAAAUGCGGCGGGCCCUUGAGGAUGAUGGUGUCAGCCACCGUGUUGCCGAGACUGUCGCGCAAGAGAAUGACUGGGCGCGGGCUGACGGCAAGGACCAACCGGGCACGACAAUCUUUGGCCGCCAGAUUAAGAUCACCCACAUUCCCAAGUUCAAGGUUGUUAUGGUGUCGGGCUUCUUCUUGAUCAACGCCUUCAACCUGUGCACGAUUCCCUUCCGCAGCGCCAACUCUAUCUCGCACAUUUCCUCCUGGGCUAGGGGCUUGGGCGGCGUUGUCACUCCCCCGCCUGUUGACCCCUUCAAGGUUGCCUCUAACGGGCUGGACAUGGUGCUUGAGGCUGCCCGUUUGGAAGGUCGUGAGACUAUUGUUUCCGUUCUGACCCCGAUUCGUUAUGAACUCGAGUUCCCCUCGAUUCAUUACGACCUUCCCCAGUCUCUCGGUAAGAUCGAGGAUGAGGGGUUUGCUGACCUUUCCGAGUAUGGCGUCGGAGGUCGUAUGGUUGGUGGUAUUCUCAAGAGCUUGGAAGACCCCAUUCUUUCCAAGUGGAUUGUGGUCGCCCUCGCUCUGAGCGUCGCUCUUAAUGGAUACCUGUUCAACGCGGCAAGAUGGGGCAUCAAGGACCCUAAUGUCCCGGAUCACCCCAUCGACCCCAAAGAGCUGGCCCAGGCGCAAAAGUUCAACGACACUGAGUCGGCCACGCUUCCUGUCGGCGGGUACCGGCCCCCGCCUUCGCCGCCUUCUGUCCCGCCCACUCCGGCUCUGACCGACGACGAAGGCGAAAACUCGCAACCCUCUUCUCGCGCUGAACCUCAGAACCCCGAUCUUCCUCUUACUAUUCGCAGCAAGGAGGAGCUGGAGAAGAUGCUUCUGGAGAAGCGUGCCCACGAACUCAAUGACGAGGAAGUCAUUGCUCUCUCGAUGCGUGGCAAGAUUCCUGGCUACGCCCUGGAAAAGACGCUCAAGGAUUUCACUCGUGCCGUCAAGGUCCGCCGGACUAUCAUUUCCCGGACCAAGGCCACUUCCGACCUGACCGGCAUCCUUGAGCGAUCCAAGCUGCCCUACCAACACUACAACUGGGCCCAGGUCCACGGUGCCUGCUGUGAAAACGUUAUCGGUUACAUGCCCCUGCCGGUUGGUGUUGCUGGUCCUCUCGUCAUUGACGGUCAAAGCUAUUUCGUCCCGAUGGCCACAACAGAAGGUGUCUUGGUCGCCAGUACUAGCAGAGGCUGCAAGGCGAUUAACUCUGGCGGUGGUGCUGUGACGGUUCUCACCGCCGAUGGUAUGACUCGUGGCCCCUGUGUUACUUUUGAGACUCUUGAGAGGGCUGGCGCGGCCAAGCUCUGGUUGGAUUCGGAGAAGGGCCAAUCGGUCAUGAAGAAGGCAUUCAACUCGACAAGUCGCUUUGCUCGUUUGGAAAGCAUGAAGACUGCGAUUGCCGGUACCAACCUCUACAUUCGGUUCAAGACGACUACUGGCGACGCCAUGGGAAUGAACAUGAUUUCCAAGGGAGUCGAGCACGCGCUCAGCGUUAUGAUGAGCGAGGGCUUUGAGGACAUGAACAUCGUCUCGGUCAGCGGCAACUACUGCACGGACAAGAAGCCCGCGGCUAUCAAUUGGAUCGACGGCCGUGGCAAGAGUGUGGUGGCUGAAGCUAUCAUCCCCGCUGAGGUUGUCAAGUCGGUGCUCAAGACGGACGUCGACAGCAUGGUGGAGCUCAACGUGAACAAGAACCUGAUCGGAUCUGCCAUGGCGGCGUCCGUUGGUGGCUUCAACGCACAUGCUGCCAACAUUGUUGCGGCUGUCUUCCUCGCGACAGGUCAGGAUCCGGCCCAGGUGGUGGAGAGCGCCAACUGUAUCACCAUCAUGAAGAACCUCCGCGGAUCCCUCCAAAUCAGCGUCUCCAUGCCCUCGCUCGAAGUUGGUACCCUCGGUGGCGGCACAAUCCUCGAACCCCAGGCGGCCAUGCUCGACAUGCUCGGCGUGCGUGGCCCGCACCCAACUAGCCCCGGCGAGAACUCGCGGCGUCUGGCUCGUGUUGUCGCCGCCGCGGUCCUGGCCGGUGAACUCUCGCUUUGCUCUGCCCUAGCCGCGGGCCACUUGGUGCGCGCGCAUAUGCAACACAACCGUUCGGCCCCACCGACACGCAGCACCACCCCGGCCCCCUCGACGCCGGCCAACGGGAUGGAACGCGCGGCGUCGACGACGGCGCUGAGCGCGGCUGCUAGUGCUCGCGCCCGGCGUUGA